CUGUCUGUACCUUAACCAAAGCUUUGAUAUAAAUUAUAAACCCAAUGCAGGCCAUUCCACCUCAGACUCUCCCCCUGCCCCCUCUUCCAGUUUUUAAGUUUUAGUAGAUCCUCCCUGCUCGACAAUCUAACACUACUUAAGCCAAACCUCUCAAGCUUCUUGAUUCAAACUCACUCAAAUUUCAAAGCAAAAAUCUAGUGAUUGUUCUCCUUUUUUGCGGGUUUCCUUGUGAGUUAUGGAUAUAAGCUUUUGUUGCUUUCAGACUUUCCACAUUACAUUAUUUCCCAUCACAAAUUUUUUGCAUGAUAAGUCAUAGAUCAAACUGAAACUCAUGACUGAGGUUUCUCCUCCCAAAGACAUCAUCUUUUAAGCUUAUUGGGAUCCCUCAAAAGUAAAGCUAGGAUAAGAGCAUAGGAGUUGGCAAUUAUUGUGGUGGUUCAAACUUACGUCUUUUGCUUCCAACUGAGCCAUUUUCUUCUUCCUCUACCUCUAGGGUUAUGGAGCCUUUAUGGACACCCUCCUCAUCUUCCUCUGCUCUCCAGGGUGAGAAGCCAGUCAUGGAGUAUGAGUAUGUUAAUGGAGGAGAUGAUGAUUUGGAUGGAUCGUGUCAGCCAGCAGGUGUAAAGAAAAGGCGGCUAUCGACGACUCAAGUUGAGUUUCUUGAGAGGAGCUUUGAGGUUGAAAACAAACUGGAAUCAGACAGGAAAUUGCGGCUAGCAAAAGAACUUGGGCUCCAGCCCCGGCAAGUAGCUAUUUGGUUUCAAAAUCGGCGUGCUCGAUCUAAGAACAAACAACUGGAAAAAGACUAUGAUUCACUCAGAGCUACCUUCGAUAAGCUCAAGGCUGACUUCGACAAUCUCCUUAAGGAGAAAGAUGAUUUAAAAAAUCAGGUGCUUACACUCAAAGAGAAGCUGCUUAUUAAAGAGACAGGGAUGGAAAAUCUGGGAUCUGUCGAAGCCAUACAUUCGUCCAAUGAUGAACCUCAAAAACCCAAUCCAGAUGCAUCCCAUGUGCCAUUGCUGGCCUGUAAACAGGAAGAAGCAUGUUCGGCUAAAAGUGAUGUUUUUGACUCGGACAGCCCACACUAUCCCGAUGGCCAUGGGUAUCAUUCCUCAUUCAUAGAGCCUGCGGAUUCCUCUAACGUUUUCGAACCGGAUCAAUCAGACGAAGAAGAUGAUCUCAGCAAAAGCCUUCUGCAUCCACCAUUGUUCUUCCCAAAAUUCGAUUGUUACUAUGAUGCACCUGCCACUUCUUGUAAUUUUUCAUUACCGGUGGAAGAUCAGUCGUUUUGGUCAUCACUUUACUAAGUUAAUCGUUUCCCCACACCUUAUAUUAUAUCUAGGAUACCUGCUCCUGCUAUUCCUCCCCUCUUCUUAGUACUCCAGUUGUAAGCAAAGCAAUAUCUUAUGAAGAUCAGAUAUAAACAUCAUGGUGCCGUAAAA